UGACGUCACGCAAGUAUCACCAUCGCCAUUUUGUAAGUGUCUGCUAAAGUCAGUAUUUCUGGUGAAAUAGUAAAAUACAAAUUUCGCAUGGUUUUGUGUAAAUCUAAUAGAUAAAAUACAUUAAAACAACAUUAACGUCUCGUACGUUAAUAAUACAGACACAAAGCAUGGAGGACAAGGCUUCACUAAAGGAACUGGAUCAAUGGAUUGAACAACUAAACGAAUGCAAGCAAUUGACAGAAAAUCAAGUAAAAACGUUAUGCGAUAAGGCGAAGGAGAUACUGACCACAGAGUCGAACGUGCAAGAGGUAAAAUGCCCGGUCACGGUAUGCGGCGACGUGCACGGCCAGUUCCACGACCUGAUGGAGCUGUUCCGCAUCGGCGGCCGGUCUCCAGACACCAACUACCUGUUCAUGGGUGACUACGUGGACCGCGGAUACUACAGCGUCGAGACCGUCACAUUGCUCGUCGCGUUAAAGGUUAGAUACCGCGAGAGAAUAACCAUCCUGCGCGGCAACCACGAGUCCCGUCAGAUCACCCAGGUGUACGGCUUCUACGACGAAUGUCUCCGCAAGUACGGCAACGCGUCCGUGUGGAAGCACUUCACGGACCUCUUCGAUUUCCUGCCGCUGACCGCGCUCGUGGACGGCCAGAUCUUCUGCCUGCACGGUGGGCUCAGCCCGUCCAUCGACACCCUGGACCAUAUACGCGCGCUGGACCGCGUGCAGGAGGUCCCGCACGAGGGACCCAUGUGCGAUCUGCUGUGGAGCGACCCCGAUGACAGAGGCGGAUGGGGCAUAUCGCCCCGCGGCGCCGGCUACACGUUCGGCCAGGACAUAUCGGAGACGUUCAACCACAGCAACGGGCUGACGCUGGUGUCGCGCGCCCACCAGCUCGUGAUGGAAGGCUACAACUGGUGCCACGAUAGGAACGUCGUCACCAUCUUCUCAGCGCCCAAUUACUGCUACAGAUGUGGUAACCAAGCCGCCAUAAUGGAAUUGGAUGAUGCGCUUAAGUACUCAUUCCUGCAGUUCGACCCGGCCCCGCGGCGCGGCGAGCCGCACGUCACGCGGCGGACGCCCGAUUACUUCAUGUAGGAUGCCUCCCGACGCCCAUCGGCGCGCCGGGCCGCCCGCAACCCGCCCGAGGCCGGCCGACCGCCGACACUCACCCUGCGCGCGCACGCCACAUUCACCCGCAUACCGGUUGACGGCAACCCCGCCGCCGUCUGGAUCGCCAUACACGUGGGCUACAGCUUGAGAUAACCUGCUUAGCACGACCUAGAUGCCUGGGUCCCUACCACGAAACCGUUUUGAGAUUCAAACAAUCGAACGAUAAUGCUGCGUCCUACUCUAACGACG